GUGUCUUGGUGGUCUCUCAAUUGUGUUUCGGUGGUCCUAGGUUUGCAUUGAGCAGGAAUUUUCCAUGACCAUGAUCCUUUCCGAAUCAGCGGAGGCAAACUUCAAACAUGCUCUGAGCUAUGACUAUUUGCAAGAAGUGCGAGCCGGUUUGGGUGGCUUGGAUGUUCGGGGUGCCAAAGCCACGUCUACGGCGGACGAGGAUCUGAUCAAACGGCUCAUCUUGAAUUCCAUCGGCUUUGACAAAUUGAACCAGACGGUUCGUGCUCGCCUGGUGGAGCGGUUGAUGGGCAUCGUGGGCGAAGCGAUGGGCAACUAAGUCUGGACAGAUCUGGCACCUUUGGUUGGGCAAAAUGUGAAAUGAAAUGAUGUACUGAAUGUGCGAUUCACCCC